AUGACCCUCGGCGAUCGGAAACCAUCCCAGCUGCUAGCAGAAAUGCGCCGAACGGCAAAGGGAGCAAUGACCGACCUAACCCUGGUCGAUCUUUGGAUUGGACGUCUGCCGCCCUACGUUCAAUCGGUCGUCCUCGCGGCUGCCAACAACGUGGAGAAGAAAGUAAAAGUAGCCGACGCAGUGAUGGAUUCCUUCGCCCUUUACUAUCGAACGGGGCCAUACCAACACGUGUCCGAAGUGUGA